ACGGGUUUCUUUCCACCGUAGAACUACCCGCGUGGCAGGAGCUAAGGCAGGCGGUGGGACGGAUAUGCGAACUCAAGUUUUCUCCCGGGCAGUUCCAUCGUUAAUAAAAGCUAAACAAAAUAUCUAUCUCGCGCCGAUUUCCAAUUUUGUAUCCCGCUAAAACUCCCUCCCUCCUCCCUCUCUCUCUCUCUCUCUCUCUAUCUCUCUCUCUCUAUAGAGUGGUUCUGCGGACGGUCAGAGGAUAAAUUCGGGAUAGGUAUCAAGCUGAUCAAAGAUGACAACAAAUACAUUUGAGGAAGGUACCAUCAACUUGAAGGAGAAACCAUUACAGUGACUUCAUAGUUUUGCACAAGAGGUUAUCAGGUUUAUCCUCUCAAGUAUUUUCAAGGUUCAGGGGUCCUGUAACCACAGAGCCAGAGCUUUUGCCUUUGGCCUUCCUCUGUGAAGAAGAAAACCAUAUUGCGAAGGAGGGAGAGUAUUAUGUGUCAUUUAAUUAACCAGACUAAUUAGGUUGGAUUCAUCUGUUUGCAUUUGCCUUGGAAUUUGUUUCUUGUAUUAUCAAUGGAUGCUCAAGCAAAGAAGGCCUUAUUUCGUGCUAAAUUGAAAGAAUCUUCUCAGAAGCGGGACAAACGCAUAGAUUCUCCCCUUGUAAGGUACAAUGAACAUGACCAACCUGUCUGCAGGGUUUGUGAUGUCACUUUGAAGUCUGAAUCCCUCUGGCCUGCACACCAAGCUUCCCGUAAACAUCAUGAGGCAAUUAAUAAUAUCAAGGCUGCUGCAGCUGGGCGAUCUCAAAUUUCUGAUGGAAAAUUUCAGCCUCAUGAAGAAUCUAGCAAACUUAAAGCUGAGUCAUCUAUGGAGUUGCAUAAACCUAAAUCUGAGCCCCAAAAAGAGUUGCAUAAACCUCGGUCAUCAUCAGCUUUACCAGAAGGAUUUUUUGAUAAUCCUGAGGCAAAGAAGCCAAAAACUGGAUCAGAUAUUGGAAGCAAGGUUAAUUCUGGUGCUCCGCAAGCUUCUGUCAAGUUGGUAGGUUCUGGUUCUCUUAAUGAAUAUGGGAAACCAGCUAGUUCUUCUCUAACUCAUCGUGUUGAGCCUUCUGACUUUAAAAGCAAGAUAGAUGGACUAUCUAAUGUUCAUAUAGUAGAUGCAAAGGGUCGAAGUGAAAUUAAAUCCUCCAGCCAGCUCACCUACACAUCGACAAAUCUGGGUGGUACAGAACUGAAGCAAGCCAAGGGAGCUCUUCCAGAAGGUUUUUUUGAUAAUAAGGAUGCUGAUCUACGUGCACGUGGCAUUGAGCCUGUAAAAGUUGACAUCAAGGAUGAGUACAAGGAAUUUGAAAAGGUCAUCCAAGGGGAUUUGCAGGAAGUAGAUGACCGUUUGGAGGAAGAAGAGUUUGAUGCAGCUGAAGUGAUAGAAGGAGCCGAGUCUUUGGAGCAAAAGGCUUAUUGGGAAAGAGUGGAGAUGUUAAGGAAGAAGCAAAUGGAACUAAAGGCUGCUAUGCUUGCCAGAAAGGAAGUUCCUGUAACGACAAACAAGGAGCCCAUCAACGAGGAGUCAUUUAGUGACGAAGAUGACAAUGAUGAUGAUUUUGCUGUAGAUUGGAGAGCUAAACAUAUUUAGUUACGUAAAAGCAAUCUACAAAAUAUAGCCUUUGUGAUGUAAUAUUUUUUGAUGGGACUAUUAAUUAAGAAUUUCGUAAUUCAUACAAGUCUUUUGGUUUUAUAUUUUGAACUGCUGUUUUCAUCUCAUUGGGGAAAUCUUGUGAUGCGUUACACACAGUCCAAACCUGUAUAUCAUGGGCACUCAGUCACUCACAAUUUAGUGACACUUUGAUUUUCCCCUCGCGUUAUGUAUUUAUUUACCAGCGGAAUACAUUUUCUGGAUGUUAGAGGUAA